CAUCAGCGGCUUCACGCUGCUCAGUCAUGAAAUAAAGCGGCUGCUUAUUACGACCGUAACAUCCACGCCGGAGUCCUUAAAUCGGUCCGAUCUUCAUUUUCUUGGAUAUGUUGGUUCUCUAAAAGCCUCGUCACCGUGAUAUUGGAUACUAGCCCAGAAGAUCCUCCGAACUGAAUGGCAAUGUAGAGCAGCACCAUUGUUUUAAUCAGCUCGUGAAGUUGGACCCAGCCUAAAAAUCAAACAAAAAUUCACCAGAUGCUGUUAUAUCUCCUACUAUUUCAUCAACAAUUUGCGACCAAGGCUCGGAAAUAACUGCCAUUUUUGGAUUUAUUUUUUUGCGUGUGUGUGCUUUUUUCCUGUCGUUGACAUUUAAGUGUUUUUUCGGUCUUAACCCGGUUCGUUUGCCAUUUUGUUCAUGUUAAAGUGCUGCAUUGACAGAUCACUGUGUGACAGCCUAACAUUAGCCUAAUAGUCAUGCGAAAGCCAUAUCAGGCCAAUAUUUUUGCAUAAACACUUCACAGAUCUUAGAUAAAAACGAUUUUAAAACUGUACGGUAAAUAUAUUAUUUGUUUUAUUUAAUGCAAAACCCAUUCCUUCAAGCGUAAUGUGGUAGUCAGACAGCCUCAAUCAGGCAUGAAUUAUUUAAACCCUGCUUACUUAUUAGUUACUCGGUUUCCUGCCGGACAAAAGUCUUGACAUUUGCAGUUUGACCCAGUGUGAAUGUGACAGGAAUCCAGGAGGGAGUUGGCUUUGCUCUCAGCUCUGUUUUUGACCCAACUAAAGCUCCAGUUGUCAAGACACUCCACCAAACUUUUCUUUUAAACAUUUUAAAAAAGCGACCAUGCCUCUACUGUUCCGUUCAAAACGCAGAAAAACAACCCGGUAAGGACAAUGCUGGCAAUUUUUGGACACGACACGCUUCAGAUAUCACGAAUUAUCCGGGACUCCGGUGACAGACAUAUCUAGAUGAGUUUGAUUUGAUGAACUCGAGGCUGUCAGCAAGCAUUUUGGUCGUAUUAUAACACGUCUCCUAGUGGAUAUAUCGAUACAUUAUGGGUGACGCUAAUUUGAGCGACUCUAACGUCAAGGUGGCGGUUCGGGUUCGGCCCAUGAACCGGAGAGAAAAGGACCUGAACACAAAAUGCGUUGUGGAAAUGGAGGGGAAUCAAACAUUUCUAUACUCGACAAAUCUGGGAAAGGAUUCCAGCAGGGGUCAGCCAAAGACCUUCGCCUAUGACUACUGUUUUUGGUCAAUGGAUGAGUCAGAGACAGAGAAGUUUGCAGGUCAGGAUGUAGUGUUUCAGUGCCUUGGGGAGAGUCUUUUGCACAAUGCCUUUCAGGGUUACAACGCCUGUAUUUUUGCAUAUGGGCAGACUGGAUCGGGAAAGUCGUACACCAUGAUGGGUUCGGUUGACCAGCCCGGCUUGAUCCCCAGACUCUGUAGUUCUCUGUUUGAACGGACUGUACUACACCAGCGAGAGGAAGAGAGCUUCACAGUGGAAGUCUCUUAUAUGGAAAUCUACAAUGAGAAAGUCCGGGACCUGCUAGACCCCAAAGGGAGUCGACAGGCCUUGAGAGUGAGAGAGCAUAAAGUUUUGGGGCCUUAUGUCGAUGGUCUGUCCAGGCUUGCUGUAGAAAGUUACAAGGACAUCGAGUCCUUGAUGUCUGAGGGGAAUAAAUCCCGCACUGUGGCGGCCACCAAUAUGAAUGAGGAGAGCAGUCGUUCACAUGCAGUUUUCAAUAUCAUCCUCACACACACUCUGAAGGACCUGCAGUCAGGGACAAGUGGGGAGAAGGUGAGUAAGCUGAGUUUGGUGGACCUGGCAGGAAGUGAAAGAGCUGCAAAGACAGGCGCUGCAGGCGAGCGGCUCAAAGAAGGCAGCAACAUCAACAAGUCUCUAACCACUCUGGGUUUGGUGAUCUCAGCGCUGGCAGACCAGGGCGCUGGAAAAAACAAGAACAAGUUUGUGCCCUACAGAGAUUCAGUGCUGACAUGGCUGCUCAAGGACAGUCUAGGUGGAAACAGUCGUACCGCUAUGGUUGCCACAGUGAGCCCAGCGGCAGAUAAUUACGAUGAGACACUGUCAACAUUACGCUAUGCAGAUCGAGCAAAGAGCAUCGUCAACCAUGCCGUGGUCAAUGAAGACCCCAAUGCCAGGAUCAUCCGGGAGCUCAGAGAGGAGGUGGAGAAACUGCGAGAUCAGCUGACGCAGGCUGAGUCUAUGAAGGCGCCAGAACUGAAAGAGAGACUGGAAGAAUCCGAGAAGCUGAUUCAAGAGAUGACUGUCACCUGGGAAGAGAAACUUCGCAAAACUGAGGAAAUUGCACAGGAGAGACAGAAACAGCUGGAGAGCCUUGGCAUCUCGUUACAGUCUUCUGGUAUCAAGGUUGGAGAAGAUAAAUGCUUCCUGGUCAACCUCAACGCUGACCCUGCCCUUAAUGAACUACUGGUUUAUUAUCUAAAGGAACACACUAAGGUUGGCUCAGCAGACUCGCAGGACAUCCAGCUAUGCGGAAUGGGAAUCCAAGCAGAGCAUUGUGUCAUUAACAUCACACCUGAGGGAGCCGUCUUCAUCAACCCUUACAGAAACUCAAGAACAUGUGUGAAUGGCUCUCCAGUCACUAGCCGGCAGCAGCUUCACCAUGGUGAUCGUAUUCUUUGGGGAAACAAUCACUUUUUCAGGAUAAACCUGCCAAAGCGGCGCCUGCGGGGUGAGGAAGUGGAGGGUGAGGGAGGGAACAUGAAGAGCAGUAACAGCAGCGAGCAGCUGGACGGAGAAGGAGACACUGCCAGCGAGGUGUCCAGUGAGGUCAGCUUCAGCUACGAGUUUGCUCAGACUGAGGUCAUGAUGAAGGCUUUGGGAAGCAACGACCCCAUGCAGGCUGUUUUGCAGUCUCUGGAGCGCCAGCAUGAGGAGGAGAAGCGAACUGCUCUGGAGCGUCAGCGGCUGAUGUACGAGCAGGAGCUGCAGCAGCUGCGCAGACAACUCACUCCAGACAGACAGAGCAUGCAAAUCCCACAGUCACAGCCCUUACAGCCACACUACCGCAGCAUGGAGAGGCUGAGUCAAGGAGGAAUGUCUUCAUCAUCCAGCGCACAGCAUCGCCUGCGCCAGUGGAGCGAGGAGAGGGAGGUUGUGCUGACGCGGAGCUUGAGGAAACUGAGGGAGCAGAUCGUACGAGCCAAUCUGUUGGUGCAGGAAGCCAGUUUCAUCGCUGAAGAGCUGGACAAGAGAACGGAGUACAGAGUUACUCUACAGAUUCCUGCUGCAAACCUCAACGCAAACAGAAAGAGAGAUGCUGUACUGAGCGAACCUGCAAUUCAAGUGAGGAGGAAAGGGAAAGGCAAGCAAAUCUGGGCUCUUGAGAAGAUGGAAAACCGUCUGGUGGACAUGAGAGAGCUUUACCAGGAGUGGAAAGACUUUGACGAAGAUAAUUCUGUGAUGCGCUCAUACUUCAAGAGAGCCGACCCUUUCUUCGAUGAGCAGGUCAAUCACAGUUUAAUCGGAGUGGCCAAUGUAUUCCUCUCCUGUCUGUUUUAUGAUGUAAAGCUACAAUACGCGGUUCCAAUCAUCAAUCAGAAAGGAGAGGUGGCUGGUCGACUGCAUGUGGAGGUGAUGAGAAUGGGUGGAGGGUUUGAUGACAGUGUAGUCGGAGGGGAAGAGAGUGACGGCAGCCCAGACGGAGACGUACAGGAGCGCCAACUGGUCUGUAUGAUUAAGAUCCUGCAGGCUACAGGUCUCCCGCAGUACCUGUCCAAUUUUGUCUUCUGUCAGUACUCCUUCUGGGACCAAGCAGAGCCCAUCAUUGUUGCCCCAGAAGUAGAUCCCUCAGCUUCCUUCUCCAGCAGCAAAGACCCCCACUGCAUGGUGGUGUUCGAUAGCUUGAAGGAGCAUGCGGUGAACGUAACAGAGGAAUUUAUUGAGUAUCUCACAGAGGGUGCUGUAGGCAUCGAGGUUUACGGACACAGACAGGCUGAUCCAGGCAGAAACCCUGCACUGUGGGAUCUUAGCAUCAUCCAGGCAAAAACACGCACAUUACGUGACAGGUGGAGCGAGGUGACACGUAAACUGGAGAUGUGGGUGCAGAUUCUGGAGCUGAAUGAGAACGGAGAGUACAUGCCUGUGGAGGUGGUGCCAGCGCGAGAUGUUCGCACGGGUGGCAUCUUCCAGCUCAAACAGGGUCAGUCUCGGCGGGUUCAGGUGGAGGUGCGUUCAGUUCAAGAUUCGGGCACAAUGCCAUUAAUAUCAGAGAUCAUUCUGGGAGUUUCCAUCGGUUGUGUGCAGAUCAGGCAGGUGCCGAUGACCAAAAACAAUGAGCCACAAGAGCCUGAGGGUGAUGAAAUGGACAGUUACCAGGAGCAAGAUUUGGAGCGCCUCCGGCGUCAGUGGCUCACUGCUCUCACUAAAAGACAAGAAUAUCUGGACCAACAUCUUCAGACCCUAGUCAGCAAAACAGAUAAGUCUGAGGAUGAUGUGGAGAGGGAGGCUCAGCUGCUGGAGGGGCGUCUGACGCUCACAGAGGAGAGAAAUGCAGUGAUGGUGCCAUCUGCUGGCAGUGGAAUACCAGGAGCUCCUGCUGAAUGGGUACCAGUACCUGGGAUGGAAACUCACAUUCCAGUGCUCUUCCUCGACCUGAGCGCUGAUGACUUCAGCUCUCAGGAGAAUCUGGACGUCCCUGAGGCAGGUGGUUGGGACGCAACGCUCAGUUCGGAAGAUGAGGAUGAAUUUUUCGACCUUCAGAUAGUCAAACACUAUGAUGGAGAGGUGAAAGCCGAAGCCUCUUGGGACUCCACAGUCCACGAAUGUCAACAGCUGAGUCGAGGAGCCGCCGCGGAUCAGAGAGUGUACUUGAUCGUCCGCACUGUGGUGCAGCUCAGCCACCCUGCAGAAAUGCAGCUCGUCCUGCGCAAACGCAUCUGUGUGAACAUUACUGGACGACAGGGUUUUGCUCACAAUUUCUUGAGACGGAUGUCCACUAGGAGCACUAUUCCAGGCUGUGGUGUGACAUUUGAGGUGGUCUCCAACAUCCCAGGGCAGGACAGUCAGAGCUCAGAGGACAGGGAGAUGUUGGCCCGUGUGGCCGCCAGCGCUGAGAACCCCAAAUCCUCAGACAAUGAAGCUGCCAUAGAGAAGUACCUGCGGAGCGUCCUGGCCGUGGAGAACAUCCUUACACUGGACCGCCUGAGACAGGAGGUGGCUGUGAAAGAACAUUUGGCUGGGAAAGGCAAGGGCAGCAGACGCAGUCUCAGCUCUCCCAGUGUGCACCGGUUAUCUGGAAGCAGACAGGAUCUGUCACUAAAUUCAGUUCUGGAUGACAACAAGACUCGUUGGGAAAGCCAGCAGGAUAUCUUUGCAACAUCUUCCGGGUUCAGCAAAACAUUGCCACGACCAUCCAGACCUCCUACACCUCCUACACAGAGUCAGGACCCUGAGCAAGGUUUUUCAGGGCUUGCUGCUUCUUAUAUCUCCCCAGUCAAGGCCCUGGUACCUCAGAUGCCCAAGCUGCUCAAGUCGCUGUUCCCUGUACGCGAUGAAAAGAAAGAUUUGAGACCCUCUCCACACUCCCAACAGCAUAUGCCACGGAUAAUGAUGCAAACAGCCAACAACCCUGAUGAAGGAAGAGUAAGAAUAGAACCGGUUGCAGUAAUGGGGAAGAGCCCUUCUUCAGACAGACACUCAGAUGCUCCUGAUGCCCCAUCCUCUGUGCAUGAUCCGCAUGACCUGCCCCUGAGCCCCAUCAGCGAGGCCUCCAGUGGCUAUUUUUCUACUAGCGUCUCCACUGCCACCCUUUCCGAUGUCUCCAUAGCUUGCGGGGACCUUACCCCUACUCCCAAUACCCAGCUGGGUUCUGUAGCAUCCAGGCAAAGAGGAGAUGACAGCGAAGAAUGUCUAGCAACCCCUGUUAAUGCCUCUAUUGCUCCUGUAGAAGCUGGGAUAAGAUCUGACAGACAUAAACCCGAGGAGGCAGCCCACAGGAAUGGUGUCACCACCUCUCAGCAGGAAGCACAGCUACAGACAAACCCAGUGUUGAGUACCUCCACGGACAACCCUUUCUCCCUCCAGAAAGUCAAAGCCAAUGAACUCAGGUCUUUCAGUAACAUUCUUGGAGACGGUGACGGAAAAGCAACCACUAACAUCUUGGAGAAGCUGGAGAUCACCUUUGAGGAUGCAGAACCCAAGGAACUUGCUUGGCUCAAGGUUGGAGGGAGAGUCACUGUUGGAACCAGUAAGUCUGGCACAGUCCGCUACAUUGGUCCAACGCACUUCUCAGAAGGUGUCUGGGUCGGCGUUGAGCUGGACACUCCCUCAGGUAAGAACGAUGGUUCUGUCGAGGGCCACCAAUACUUUCGAUGCAACCCUGGUUUUGGAGUGCUUGUCCGUCCAGAUCGACUGACCCGCCGGGAAGCUUCCAAAAGGCACACUGAAAACCGGCGCAGUGGGGAGUUCAGUCAGCAGUUGAGGGGAGGAACUGGCACUGCCAUUCAGAAAGCAGAAAAUCGCAAAUCCUGGACCAGCUAAUUGACUAUGAGCUGAGCAGGACAGAACCUCCACCUCCGUCCAUCACUGUGCUUGGGCUAAUGGAGCAUUCUUAUACCCAACUUUGCAUGGAGGUGGUACAACAUUCCCUUACAUCAGUUUUGGUGCUGUGCUAGUGUGUAGCAUGUGGGAGUGCUAUGGAUUUUUUAACAUGCUGCUUCAACUGAGAUUUGUUAGUUCGGUAACUCAAGCAAGUCUUCUUGAGUUUGACCAUAAACAAAUCUUCCGGGUCUUUGGGAUCAACCUAUCAUUCUUUUGUUUGUGCCCUGGAGUCUACAAAUACUUCAAAUUAUGCUUGAUUUGUCUUGUCUGUGCAGUUAGUAGUCGAUUUCUUGUCUCCUGAAUGUGCCUUUUAAGUCAACCCAUUUUUUUGGUCAUCGUCCCUCAUUGCACCUUGAUAACACUAGUUAGAACGUAAUAAAUUGUAUGGUAGACAAACAAUGUAUCUCAGGGAUCUGAUCAGAGUUAAUGGAAGUGUGUUAAGAUGCCCUGUUGGGUCUUCAGCUCUAAGCCACUAUCAAGCAUGUAUUUUGAGAAAGGUUAUCGCCCUGAGCAGGUCAAUGCAGGGGAUUGAUGUCAGUUUCUUCAUGUUGUUGAGUACUACUAUUACUUGGCCAGUGAUUGCAUGACUAAAACCACAAGAUGGAAUAUUUUAUGUGGUUUAUUGGAUUGCCUAUCAGUAUUUUAAGAUUAAACUGCCAGCUCGAUGCGUGUCCUUGAUUGCACAUGGAGAGUUUUUAGACUUGACUGAAUUGGCACGUUCAGGCUUAAUUAGGCUCUCUCUUAAUGGGUUUGAUGAUUGGAGUGAAAAAAGAAAUCAUUUUAGAGGGCUUAUUUACAAUCUGAUGAGUUGGGGCUCAUUUUAAUAAGCAGCCUUUUAAUUUGAAUUGGGUUAUUGAAACUACUUCAACAUAAAAUGACUGUGCUGCAAUUUAGUGACAAUUUAACGUAGCUCAGUUUGAUUGGUUUUUAAAGACAAGAAGGUCUUUCUUCCGCAAGAAGGUCACGGUGAAAGCACAUUCCAGUUUUAUGUAUUUUUCCCUUUACAGACAAUACCCUCAUCUUAUUUAUUCAAGAAUCUAAUUUCACAAAUUUAUUAGCAUACAGUAUGCGCAGAGUGGACACAUUUCUAUAGUUUUUCUAUAGCUCGGCGAGUUCUAUAUUCUACAGCUUGUUCAGAUCAAGAUGGAGAGAAAAUGACGUGUUAUUUCAUUCCUUUUAUAUUCUAUUUUCGUGGAAAUCAUCUUGCGAUUUCUGAAGUCUAAUGCAAUAUCAAAUUAUUCAAAUAUAUUUUAAUGGUUGUAGGUAUGUACAUUGAUUUUUAUAAAGUGUAAAAAUCCCAUGAAUGGAAAAUUAAUUUGCACAUUUGAUUUCUAGUCGAUAGCUUAUGUGCCCAAAGGGCGCUUUAGUUUUGUUGUAAAUUAACUUAAACUAACCAACGAUCCACUGUAAAUCAACUUUUCACUGGAUUUGGUGCUCGAAAUUUCGUUUUAAAAAAUUUCGAAAUUUCGAUCUGAGAAAAGAUGAGUUUCUGCGGCGGUUCCACAUUGCCUUUUAUUUGUUUUCCUAUAAAGUGAUGUCUUGAUGUUUGUGUUCGGUCAAAAAACUAAAGGCUGAUUUAUACUUCUGCGUCAAGAGCAUGCAUAUGCUGUGGGGCAGCCUUCAUGCGUUCACAUAGCCCUCUUCGUGGCUGACGCUCACAUCUCAAAAAAAAAAAUUCUACAAGGCUUUGUACCGCUGACGAGUGUGGGUGGGACCGAGAGCCACGCAAAGUCGUUGGAGCAAGUGUUUACAAGUGUCGAGCCCUGUAAAGGAGCUCCAGGUGGAAAGUUUAUCUUAUGAUUAAAGUUGUUGCACAUCCACCGGUUCACGCCUCAGAUUGAGCGAGUUUUAGCUACUUAGCUACAUUAAGGUAGAGGAACACAGGGGAACAUAAAAAUCUACUGCCAGUUAGCGUUUCGGAAGUGUUAUUGCAGAGCAACACACAGCAUGUAGAAGCAAGUGUGCCUGCGGACUGCAAGACGGCGGUGUAACAUGAAGUGCUGUAACUUGUAGUAAGUUAGAGAGGCGUAACUUGCAGUUAUAGAGAUCCCAUGUGAGAUGUCGAGAUGUUGUUAGCAAGAUAGCAGAAAUACUUACCAGAGAACAUUUUCACCAAAUGUUUUCAUUAGUUUUCUCCAAAUUUAUCUACAACCAAUUCAUUUGAUGUAUUAUUAUUAUUAUAUCCAUUUAUUUAGCAACUCCACCAUGUAACUCCCUGACGACUUCAUCUGUUUUGUCAUGACAGUUAGCCUACUCGGCGUCCCCCCCUGUGGUUGCAAAUAACAGUACAAUGGGGAGCAAUGGCAAGUAUGAAAGCCUCCGCAACUCGUGGCUGUACGUUACUGUGAUGGUUGGGUUUAGGGUUGUGGUAGGUAUAGACGUUAAUAACUGAUGGUUGGGUUUAGGUGUGGAGUAGGUGUAUACGUUAAUAACUGAUGUACAGCACCAUCUUGCUGAGCUCAUAGUUUUGACAUGUGGGUCUCCAUAAAUUCUUUACGCCUCUAAUGUACUACAAGUUACGCUCCUAUGUUGGAGUCCGGAGAGAGACCCUACUCUGCAGUAGUAUAAAUGCACGGCAUAGCGCAAGGCAUGCGCCGUCACUAGACGCAGAAGUAUACACCAGCCUUAAUUCGCUUUUUUUUUUUUAAGUUGUAUUUCGAUCUGUGCCUCAUUCAUCAUGGAGAAAAAAACGAAACAAACGCACACAUGGAGCACGACUUUGUUGCUGCGACAGCAAGACUCUAAGGCCUGCUGGGUCACGUUAGCAGCUAGUCAUUCUCCAAGUAUUAUAUUAAAGGUAAUACAAGAACUGACUGAUUGCCUUUGAACUGACAAGUCUCUACUAGGUAUUUCUUUCUAGCAAUAACACUCAAAACACAGUAGGAAUUGGACGGUUUGAACCUAGCGUGUUUCUUUGGACUACAAAGGGGAAAUGAACUUCCUGAAGCUGAUCUCCUUCCACGACCCCAGAUUCCAAUCAUAGAUGCUUGUAAAUGUGUUUAUAUUGGUAUUCUUUAAUUUCAAGUGCAAUUGACUAUUUUUCUAACACAUCACACCCCUUUUAGACAAUGUAGUCUCCAGUUGCAGUGACGUCUUGAUCUGUCAUAAAGUGGCACAGAUCCAGAGCCAUAUCGGAACAACCAAACGGUGGCCUUCUGAAGUCAAUGCUAAAUACAGGUGCGCAUAUUUAUGCUCUUCUUCUGUUUGAAAUCCUUCUCGCUUUUUUCAAAAAGAGGUUUUGAAGGACGCUUUGGGCCCUGUUGUUUACACAGAUGUCAGACGAAGAUCUUGGCAGGAAGUUGCUGCUCUAGUUUUUGUAAAAAAAAAAAAGUCUCCUUCCCUCGUUCUCAGCAGUGAGUGAGUGAACAGCUCCAUCUUUCACCACUAGUCUGUGCCUCUCCUGAUGAUUUCAUGUCCUGAAAGUUGUCACAUAUGUUUGAGUAUAUGUGUGAAUGGUGUUUUUUUUGUACAUACAGUAGUUGCAUCUUGAUAGUUCAAUCGGAGCACAAGGCUGGGUUUGAUUAAUUUAAUUAUCUGCAAUUCUAUGCUGAUAUCCAAAGAAUAAUCAUGUAUAAUAAUUCAUUUAUAAUUUCUUUUAUAUUGACUGUACAAUAAUCUGGCUGAAAAGGAAAAAACAAAUAAAACGUGAACUGAUUUACA